AUGACAGCCAUUCCCGUUGCGCUCUCAGUGGCAGCGUACCACAGCACCGUCACUGUCCGCCCAUCAUCUAAAGCCAGCGCCAACGAGGCCCAAGAAUUCGACCCCCAAGCGCAUCAUGUCAAAGAUCGGUGCGGAAAGACUGUAAAAUUCAAAAACCCGUACCCCUCAUACACAUUUCCCGCAUCCAAGGACUUAUUUGGGUUGAUGUGGGGCUACUUUCGGGGGUCGAUUGAUUGGCCAAAGCCGAAGCUGGAAGAGAAUCUUGUGCCCGUUGUAGAACCGAAGUUUCUACCAACACGCACUGCGUCCUCAAAACUACGUGCCACUUGGCUCGGUCAUGCGUGUUACUACGUAGAGUAUCCCUCAGGACUACGGGUUCUAUUUGAUCCUGUUUUCGAAGAUUGUUGCGCGCCCAUUAGUUUUGUCGGCUUCAAGAGGUACACCGAGCCGCCUUGUCAGAUCGCGGACCUACCUUUUGUAGACGCUGUGAUUAUUAGUCAUAGUCAUUAUGAUCACUUGUCGUAUCCAUCCGUCCAGGAGGUCCAAAAACACCACCCUGACGCACACUUUUUCGUCGGUCUGGGGCUGGAGAAAUGGUUCAAGUCGGGUGGAUUGAAUAAUGUUACGGAAAUGGACUGGUGGCAGGAGGCGGAAAUGUCCUUGACGCCGAAAUCCACCAAAAGCGAUAGCAGUUCAGAAUCUUCAGGACCUAUAACCGCGAAGAUAUCCUGCCUUCCCUGCCAACACGGUUCCGGCAGAUCGGGCACAGACCGGGAUAAAACCCUCUGGGCCUCAUGGGCCGUCACCUCAGGGGAACCAGCCAAAUCGGUCUGGUUCGGAGGCGACACGGGGUACCGCGCGGUGCCGAAAGUAGCCAAGGGUGUCGACGACUACGGCCCGGAGUUCGCGCACCUGCCGCGGUGUCCGCAGUUCAAGCAGAUCGGCGCGAAGUUCGGGUCGUUCGACCUCGGCCUCAUCCCCAUCGGCGCGUACCACCCCCGCGAGCUGUUCUCCGGCGUCCACGCUAACCCGUUCGAUGCCGUUGAGAUUUUCUCUGAUACGAGGUGUAAGAAGGCUAUGGGUAUUCAUUGGGGCACUUGGGUCAUGACGCCGGAGCCGGUGUUACAGCCGCCGGUGUUGUUGAGGGAGGCGUUGAAGCGCAAGGGGUUGCCGGAGACGGGGCUUUUUGAUAUUUGUGAUAUUGGUGAAACUCGGGAAUUUUAGGGUGUUACCGGAGAUAACGGUCGGCGUAUUGUUGAGGUUGUUGUUACAUGUAACCGGAUAGAGUUAAGGGUGUGGAAGGCGAGAUGUGGGGUGUCGGAGUUUUGGGCGGCAGCAUGGUGGAUGGGCUUAUGUGAUGAAUGAGUUUUCAUGAUCCACAUAUUUUUAUCUAGAUUCUAGAUCUCAACUCGGAGUUACAAUCAGAUUCGAUAUCCAGA